GGAUUCGUGUAUUUCAUCGAUGAUGGAGUGUACGGGUCUUUUUCAGAAUUGCUUUUGUCACCAGAGGUACAUUUUCAACCAAUUCCACUUAAAAAAAUCUCGGACGAGGUUUACCCAACAUGCAUCUGGGGCCAAAGUUGUGACGGCACUGACUUUGUUAACAAGGCAUGCAACCUACCAAAGUUAUCUGUMGGCGACUGGUUGUACUUUAAGGACUUUGGUGCAUAUACAAGCUCAGUGGCCAGUAACUUCAAUGGAUUUGGAGCCUUCAAAUACACCUAUUACUACAUCACCAUGGAAACCUGGAAAAAGAUGAAGUGGACAAGUGAAGACUUCAAAGUUAACGYCGUGUUUAUUGAUGCUGAGAAAGCAUUGAUUGCUACUUGAAUAAUAAUGUAAUUUGCUAUUUGAUAAUAAAACG